AUGGGAAGUGCACUGAGUAAUGCUGCUAAUGGCGUGGGAACUCUGAUUGGCAACGGUUUGGCGGCUCCUUUCAAAGCACUUUUUGGAGGAUCUUGCGAAGGUGUUUGUUCAGGAACAUGGGAUGUUGAAUGCUUCAUAGAGCAUCUCUGUUUCUCCAGUCUAUUCCAAUUGCUGAUGGUUAUGGGACUCUGCUAUUUAACCUUGAUUUUCUUGUACCUCCUGUUCAAGGUGGGAAUCUGCCAAUGCAUAGGGAGAAGUCUGAUUAAGAUUUGUUGGGGUUCAUGUCAAGCAUAUUGGUUUGCAUUGGAAGACAUGACAUGUUUUUUAUGGUACAAGCUAAAGAAUGUAGAACGGGUAAACCAUCGUCGUCGGCGUAGAUUUCAAGAUGUUGAAGUUGGAUAUACGAUUAGUUCAAGUGAUGAAGAAGAUGAAGAGAGGAAGAAUUUAGGCAUGUUAUAUAGUGAUAUCGAGAUGUCAAGUAGUAGGAUGAGUAAAAAGAGAAAGUUUGUUAGGACGCAUAGGCAGCAAGGGCGUGGCCAACAUCAACAUCGACAUCGCCAUGGAAGGAGAAGAUCGAAGAAGAAACAACAGCGAUUUAAUCGUAAUAGACAUGCUGAGCCGACUGCAAUAUCAUUCAAAAAGAGAAGAAUUAUGUGA